CGGGUCUUGACUUGUGGGUUUAGAUUGUUUACAUCCAAUCAAACAAGUAAGAAAGGAAGUAGUCUUCUGCUGAAAUGGACACCGCUAACCAGCUUGCAUCUGCGGGGACGUUUCAAGUGCUAAAAUUACCUCUGGGAUUUAUCCGUGUUUUGGAGUGGCUUUUUGCCAUUUUUGCUUUCGCGACAUGUGGGGGCUACUCUGGGCAGCUGAGGGUCAGCGUGGACUGCAUGGAGAAGGCCAGCAGCAACCUCAGCAUCGGCAUCGACUUUGCUUAUCCAUUUAGGUUAUACCAGGUGUCCUUCGAAGCGCCCGUGUGUGAAGGUACGAGGAGGGAGCGCGUGUUCCUCAUUGGAGACUAUUCAUCCUCUGCCGAGUUCUUCGUCACCAUUGCUGUGUUUGCGUUCCUCUAUUCCCUGAUGGCCACCACCGUCUACAUCUUCUUACAGAACAAGUACCACGAAAACAAUCGAGGACCACUCAUUGACUUUGUAGUGACUGUGGUGUUUUCCUUCAUGUGGCUCGUGAGUUCCUCUGCUUGGGCAAAGGCUCUGUCUGAUGUGAAAGUGGCCACUGAUCCAGAUGAGGUGCAGCUCCUCAUCUCUGCCUGCAAAGUCCAGACCAACAAGUGUGGCUCUGUGCACGGAUCACGCUGGUCCGGUCUCAACACCUCAGUGGUUUUUGGGUUUCUCAACUUUGUUCUGUGGGCUGGAAACAUCUGGUUUGUCUUUAAGGAGACCAGUUGGCACAAGGGUGCUUCAAGGUUGGCAGGUGGGGCGUCUGAGAAACAGGCCGGCACCUUUAACCAGCAGCCCUACAACCAGGGAAGCUUUGACCAGUCGGGGAGCUACAACACCCAGGGAAACCUCGGCCAGCCGUCUGAGUACGGCCAGGUGGGAGGGCCCACCUCAUACUCCAAUCAAAUGUAGCUAUGCCUUUUUGCUUCAUGAGUGGCACUUCUGCAUUUUAAACCAGGGCAAUCAGUUGUGAAAGGAGAGGAAGAAAGUAGAGUUAACUUUCAUCCUCUGCUCAGUUUGUUAUCAAUCUG